AGUCUUCAGGAGAGCAAGAAGCGAAGCUGAAGCCGGAGUACAGUGGACUAAUAACGGGGUGAAAGGAGAACGGUCCCGUUCUGCAGCUGUGGAAUACCAACAUCUGGCUGAGGAGGGAUGCACAGGAGGAGCCCGCAGAUGCUCCGAGAAAAUGUUUAACUCUGUCUCCAACAGCGUGUGUGGGGUUUUUCCUUCUACACAGUGUUCGUCUGGGCCUGAUGAUAUUUUCGAGGAGGACUCGUACUCUCCGUCCUCUCUGUCCUCCUCGUCGUCGUCCUCUGUCCACACUGUCCCCUCCUUGCAGGGGAAAACCCUGUGCACGUCCUGCGGCCUGGAGAUAGUGGACCGAUACCUCCUCAAGGUUAAUAACUUGUGCUGGCAUGUGCGCUGCCUUUCAUGCAGUGUGUGUAAGACAUCACUGGGGCGACACGUGAGCUGCUACAUCAAAGAUAAACAGGUUUUCUGCAAACUCGACUACUUCAGGAGGUAUGGGACCCGCUGCGCUCGCUGCGGCCGUAACAUCCACUCUAGUGACUGGGUGCGUCGGGCGCGUGGCAGCACCUUCCACCUGGCCUGUUUCUCCUGCGCCUCUUGUAAGCGCCAGCUGUCCACGGGGGAGGAAUGUGGACUACUCGAGAACAGGGUCUUCUGCCGGCCACACUAUGACAUUAUGAUGGAGAACAUCAAGCGUGCUAAGGAAAAUGAACAACCAAAAGCAGAGGAUGAGAUGGCAGACAAGGAUGACUCUGGUACCAUGCCCAGACCUGCUAAAAGGGCCAGGACCAGCUUCACUGUUGACCAGUUACAGGUAAUGCAGACUCAGUUUGCUAAAGAUAACAACCCAGAUGCCCAGACUCUCCAGAAACUGGCAGAGAGGACUGGUCUCAGCCGCAGAGUUAUUCAGGUUUGGUUUCAGAACUGCCGAGCUCGUCAGAAGAAACACAUCGGCCCAAAUCUUGCUUCUUCAACCAUGAUGACAUCACUGGCUCCAGGUCAGCUGACACCACCUUUGACAGAGGAUCUGCAAUACACCACCUUUCUUUCUCCAGACACACCCCUCCUCACUACACUGACUUAUAUGGAUGUCCAAACUCCAGACCCACUUUUGCUUCAGCCACUCAUAUCCCAUUCACUGACACAACUGCCAGUCAGCCAUGCCUAAGCUACAGCCCAACUCCUGAAAACUGGAUGGAGGAUGAUGAUUGUCUGAUAGGAAGAUGCAAGAGCAAACUGUUACUCUUUAGUAAAAACUCCUGCAAAGGGUUAACUGUCAUUAACUGUCCAGCAAACAAACAGCAAUGAAAUUAAUUAAUUUUCAUUGCCUAAUAUGUUGACAGACACUGAAUUAAUUUCAUUCAAACAUACAGGGACACAGAUGAGAAUAAGUUCAAAAUGUCAAGUCAAAUACUGAUAUUUGUAAAACUGAACCUUUUGUAAAACUUAAACUAAUGUGUGUGUUAUGAAUUUCUUUAAUUUAUUUGGUAAAUAUGAGAUAAGGCACUUUGAAAAUGAUGUAAAAUUUAUUUGGUUUUCAGUAGACUUUUUCUUUUUCUUUUUUAACAAUGUAACUGAGAAAAUGUCAGUUGUGCCAUUUACAAGAGAGAAUGAAAUGGUUUCUCUGUGUAUAGACAACUAGAAAAUUAAGGAUCUGGUUAUACUGUGUAUUAAAACCACUGGAGAUGG